GCCACCGCAGGACGGAAAACGGUAUGAGGUGUCCUCUGGGCGCCGCCGGCUCCGGCCACAGCCCCGCCUGGAGAAGCAUGCUUCUAACAGGCAGCCUGCUGGCAUUCUUCACCUGCUCUGCCUCCUCGGAGCUGCCCUCUUCUGGGUCUCUGGACCCCUUGACCGAAGGAGCCGAUGCCCACCUGCCAGUCCCCAGAAGCCUCGAUGGGGUUCUGUCUACUUCUUGGUUCCGAGGGCACGAGGCCCAGCCAGAAGCCACGAUCUUCUCCCCUGAGGGCCUCCCAGGGCCCGGCCACACUGGCCGGGAGACGCUGGAUACCCAAGGCAGCCUGGUCGUCAGAAAUGUGACAACUCAAGAUGCAGGCAGCUACACCGUGGUGCUGGAAAGCAGCAGGGGACGCAGGAGUGUGAUGGCGCAGAUACAGGUCCAUGCCAACUCUGAUGGGGUGCUGCCGCUGACAUUCCCGGGGAAUACACAAGGUAUCCUCCGGAGCGAACUCAGCUACUCAGUGAUCCUGCAGUGGGUGGCUUCCAUCGAACCUGAACCUGUGCUAUGAUGGACCUUCAAUGGGCAUCCUCGUGGGAUCGGGGAGAGGCUGAUUAUCCAGAGGUUGUCCUUGGAGGACCUGGGCACCUACGUACGGUUGGCCGAGGAUAGCCAGGGAAAGUAUUUCUCCCAGCCUGUGACUAUCACGCUGCCACAAGCCGUCGUGGAUCCCACAGACCCUGUGCCCAUCAAGCCGAACCCUACCCUCUCCCUGUCAGGAAGCUCUGCCUUUGCCCUCAUUGCGGCCGCACCCGUGGUACUGGUCGGAAGCGCGGUCUUCACCAUAAUCUGGAAGCUAAGGUGUGGCUGACAAAGAAGAAAUGGGUGAACCGCUUUGGGUUUUUUUUUUUCAGUUUAAAUAAAUUGAAUAAAAAUUUAAAAAACAAAUAAAUGAAUCUAGACAAAAGGAGCU